AUGUCUAAGCCACAAGCAAUCGGAUCUAACUACAGAGUUACACUCGCUCUCCCAGUUGGUGCUGUCAUGAACAGUGCUGAUAACUCUGGUGCCAAGAACUUAUACGUCAUCGCCGUUAAGGGUAUCAAGGGUAGAUUGAACAGACUCCCAGCCGCCGGUGUCGGAGACAUGGUCAUGGCUACCGUCAAGAAGGGUAAGCCUGAUCUCAGAAAGAAGGUCACCACUGGUUUGGUUGUCAGACAAAGAAAGUCAUGGAGAAGAAAGGACGGCACUGUCUUGUACUUUGAAGACAAUGCUGGUGUCAUCUGCAACCCAAAGGGUGAAGUCAAGGGUAACAUCCUCGGUCCAGUUGCCAAGGAAUGCUCUGAUUUAUGGCCAAAGGUUGCCACCAACGCUGGUACCAUCGUCUAA